AUGAGACCUCGAGAAACUUCUCAACAUUCUCUGAUUCCUCCACAGUUCUCAGAUUCAACGUCGUUGGGUUGCGCACGUUCAGAUCUUAAUCUCUCCAAGUCCUUCCGUUUAGAAAUUCCAUUGUUUAAUGGCACUGAGCCUAACAAUCGGAUUUUCAAAACAGAGCUAUUUUUUCAUCUUCAGCAAAUCCAAGAGGAAUUCAAGGUUCCAUUAGCGGGUUUACGCAUGGAAGGCACUGCUGGAGCUUGGUACCAGUGGAUGUAUCACAGUGGCACAAUUUGCUCCUGGGGAGAUUUAGUGAUAGGCUUGCGUCAAAGGUUUGGAGUUUCUGCCUUUACGAACCUCAAAGGAGUUCUUUCUAAACUCUCUCAGUCAGGUGCUUUACGAGAUUAUAUUAGAUAUUUUGAAGCUCUAUUGAAUCAGGUUCCUGGGUUGGAUGAUGAAUUGUAUAUGAGUUUUUUUGUGUCUGGUCUGACACCAGAACUUAGAAGUGCAGUUCAGCUUCGCACCCCAUCCACUCUUCAUUUGGCAAUGCAAAUUGCACUUGCCUAUGAUGAUCACCAUUAUGAAUUUAAAACUUCCUUUUCAUCGGGUCAGAGGAGAGGAUUUUCAAAACCAUUCACACACAGUGAACCUCCACCAGUUCCAACUUCCAAUAAACCUGCAUUGCCACCUCCAAAUGCCAAUCAAACUUUGGCAUUACCAGCACCCAACAUGAUGAAGCGUUUAUCUCAUGAGGAGUUACAGCAGAAGCGUGAGCAAGGCUUGUGUUACUAUUGUAAUGAGAGGUGGAAUGGUAAACACAGAUGUAAGAAUCGCUUAUUACUGUCAAUUGGUGAGAUUGAUGAAUCUGAUAAUGAAGGAGAUGAGGAGGAUAUUGUUUGGAAAUCAGACAGGGAGAACCAGACUUUACAUGCUAUGGGUGAUCCUUCUAUUGGUCAUGCUCUCAGGUUCACGACAGCAAUUUCAAAAAAGGAGAUCAUAUUUGGUAUGCCUUGGUUGGAAAAAUUGGGUAGAGUUACUCAUGAUUACUUGAAGGGCUCAAUGGAGUUUAUAUGGCAAGGUAGAGAAGUGAUCCUCACAGGAGUACAAGAUGCACAGUUACAUACCAGUACAGAACAGGUGAAUGUCCUGCAUAAGGCUGUGUGUUUUGCAAUGUCCCAAAGCACUAAUUCUGUUGAGGUGGCCAAUCUUGAACUACCUGGAGUUCAAGAUCAGAUAACAAAUGACUUGUGGCAGUUGUUACUUCAAUUUCUAGAUGUUUUUCAAGUGCCACAUGAGUUACCUCCAUUCAGAGGUUUAGACCAUGCAAUCCAUCUCAUUGACAAGGUUCAGCCAGUAAAUGUUAAGCCUUACAGAUAUGCUUAUUGUCAAAAAAACGAGAUUGAACAACAAACUACUGCAUUACUGACCAAUGGCUUUAUUCGACAUUCUCAAAGUCCUUUCUCAUCUCUCGUUUUAUUAGUCAAGAAACAGGAUGGAUCAUGGAGAAUGUGUAUCGAUUAUAGAGCCCUCAAUGCCAUUACUAUUCGGGAUAGGUUUCCUAUUCCUACUAUAGAUGAAUUGCUUGAUGAGUUGGGAAAUGCUUCAGUGUUUACUAAAUUGGACUUACGGGCUGGAUAUCACCAAAUACGAGUCCUUCCUGCAGAUGUGGAGAAGACUGCAUUUUGGACACAUGAAGGGCACUACGAAUUUCUUGUAAUGCCCUUUGGUUUAACAAAUUCACCAGCAACUUUUCAAGCUGUCAUGAACCAACUCUUCAAACCGUAUUUGAGGAAGUUUAUAAUUGUUUUUUUUUAUGACAUUUUGGUGUUCAGCAAGUCUAUGACUGAUCACAUUGCUCAUUUGCGCAUAGCCUUGAUGAACUUACAGCAGCACAAAUUCUUUGUUAAGGUUUCUAAGUGCAAGUUUAGAGCUUCUUCAAUUGAUUACUUGGGUCAUAUUGUGCCCAAGCAAGGAGUACAAGCUGAUCCUAAGAAGAUAGCUGCCAUGGUGAAUUGGCCCGAACCUAGAUCCUUGAAACAGUUGAGGGGAUUUUUGGGCUUAACAGGUUAUUAUUGCAGAUUUGUGCAAGGAUAUGCAUCCUUAGCAGCUCCAUUAACUGAUCUCGUGAAGGCUAGCAAGGAGUUCCAUUGGUCUUGUGCAGCUACUCAGGCUUUCAGUCGACUGAAAGUGGCAAUGACUGUGAAGGAUGACCCAAAUGUAGUGACCUUUUUGACAGUAAGAGAGGGCAUUGUGUAUCAUAAGAACAGAUUCCUCCUAAGUCCUAAAUCUUCUCUAAUUCCUAGUUUAAUUCGAGAAGCACAUGCAUCCCCUGUGGGCGGUCAUGCUGGAAUAACACGCACCUUUCUGCUCAAGUAUGAGACCACUAAACCAGCAGGCUUACUUCAAUCUUUACCCAUUCCAGAAGGCAUCUUUGAGGAUCUGUCUAUGGAUUUCAUAAUGGGUUUACCACCUUCUAGUGGGAGUUGCACGAUUUUAGUGGUUGUUGAUAGGCUAUCCAAAUUUGCCUAUUUUGGAAAGCUUCCCCGUUCUUAUACAUCAGCAGUGGUGGCUCAAUUGUUUUGUGAUUUAGUUGUCAUAAAUCACGGUUUUCCUUGCUCCUAUUGA